AUGGAAGUCGUCGGGGCGGUGGCAAGCUUUAUAGCCAUAGGCCAGGCUUUAAGCACUGCUCGCCAUGUCGCUCACAUUGCCCGAGCGAUCCCGGGGGUCGAAGCUUUAGGAUUAAUCGAAGCAGAACUCGCUAAGGCGGGAGUCAUUGCCAGUGAUUCAAAAUUCGAAACACUGUACCUAGAAAAGGCUAUGCUUCAGCUCACAGAAUCCACGAGGAGCCUCGAAGAAAUCCGAAAUCGCUGCACUCGACCACUGAGUGCUGACGGCAAAGACAAGAUCAAAAAGAGAGCAUGGUUCUGGCUACAAGCUGAGCUCGCUGACUGUCGAAGUAAAGCGCGAGAUGCCAGAGAAAACCUCCAACUUGCGCUCCAAUCAAUCAAUGCUCAAUCUAUCACUCUGAGCAUGCAGAUAGUGUCGAAUGUGCAACAGCUCGAAAGUUCUACAGGCAUCGCAGACGCUCCAGAGAGCCCGCCAUCAAAGGAUGAGAAGCCAUCGUAUUGUGAUGAAAACUCAUCAUGCUGUGAUGAAGACCUAGAAGCACUCCAAGACGACAAACCUUUACAAGUCGUGGCUGUGAGACAACCUCAACAAGCCUUACCGAAUCCUCAAGCCUCAGCACCCACUGACUUGAUCACUCCUCAAGCUUCGAGUAUUGUCAACCAGGUAUCAGGUCUUCUGCAAGACCGAUGCCCAGUUCCAUGCUGCUGCCGAUGCCAUGUUUCAAAGCCAGUGUCGUACACUCCCACGAGGUGGGCUCGGAACUUAGUUGGCAACCUUAAUGUCAACUUCAACCGCCAAUUGGGUUUCCAUAACAGCGCGAAAUGCACCGAGGCUAGCUGUAAAAACAAAUCAGGAGCAUCUAUGACUGUCGCGUAUCAGUUCCCGGUUUGGCUAUGUUCCAGAGCAGUCCAAUUGCAGACCUUAGUGGGCGCUACGACUGGGCUGCGAGUGUCACUUAGACCCGCCAGGAUUCUCCCCUUUGGAUCAAACUUUUGGGCUGCCACUGAUUCUGAGUAUGCUCUGAGUUCGAGAGAAACAGUGCAACAGUGGAUGCUACAUUAUGGAAAUGUGUUCCCAGGUGAUACAAACCCAGACGGGAUGACUGUCUUGGAGAGUGUCAUAGGACAAGGAUCGACAGAUGUACUCCUCUAUCUGUUCCAGAUCUGGGAAGACCAAAUAACAAAUGGGAAUUAUGACGACUCUUGGUUCUACAAGACGCACCAUGAAAUUGCAAACACUCCCGAUCUACCCGAACAGAAGAUGCAAAUACUCACUCGAAUUCUGUCUGCUGGCAAAUGGACCGUGAAUGCCAGUCAGACCCCGCUGCAUGAUGCUCUUUGCAGGGGCGAUUUUGAAGCUGCUUUUCGAGCUGCCGAAGAAUUCAGUUGGGCCAUCAAUCAGCGGAACUAUGAAGGCAACACGCCGUUACACAUCGCUGCAACACAAGGUCAUCUUGAUAGCGUCAAACGCCUCGUACAUUUAGGAUGUGAUAUCAACGAGGCUAACUGGAAGGGUCGCACUGCUCUCAUGCUUGCUUCCAAGGGCGGCCAUAUUCUCACGGUGCAAUAUCUGAUUGAUGCUGGUAGCUGGGUGAAUGCCACUGACAGAGGGGGCGAUACUGCAAUAAUGAUUGCUUCCAUAGCGGGGCCCAAUAAUCUGGCCACAAUUCUUCAGGCUCUGAUUCGAGCGGGAGCAUCAGUGACCAUAACUGAUAAACAAGGUGAUAGUGCCAUUCAUCAUCUCACGUCGUCUUGCAACAAAAGCCGCGUUAUUCGGGAGAGCUUAAGAGUUCUCCUGGAAGCCGGUUCUGAUAUCGAAUCCCGACAAUGUUGCGGGAGAACCCCGCUUCUACUUUCGGUUCAGAGCGGAGAUCGCAGAGGCACACAAUGCCUGAUUGAGGCAGGAGCCAAGAUAACAUGUGUAACAUACGACGGUUGGGGCUUGCUUCAUGAAGCAGCUUUGUAUGGAACCAAUAAGUUACUCCGAUACCUUGCAACUCUCGACUCAACGGCCAUCAACACGUCUUUGCUUAGCAACGACGGAGAAACGCCUUGGGAUCUCUGGAUUUUCACGAUGCAUGUGCAAGGUUGGCAACGCGCAGAUGUCCUAAGGCCAACCCCAAAACGACAAGAAGCUUUCAUUUCAAUGAUCAAAUCAAUCAGGGAUAGAAAUUUGACGGUUGAUUUACAGCGGCUGGAUUGGCUACUACAAUAUUUGAGAGACAGGGAUCAACGAGGCGCCAUAGCUGCAUUGAGCCCUUUGAUCAAGCAGAAAGAAGAUUGGAAGCGAUGGGAAAUUCUUGGUACAUAUAAAGCCAUCGGCUUACAGAUCCGAGAAGAGAUGUGGGAGGCAGCAGUUGAGUCUGUGGAAGAGGUCAUCGACUGCUUGCGAGAAAGGAUGGCCACAUCCCCGUGCGACAGCGAAUCGUACUACGAUCCAGAGACUCAUACCAUAUACCGAGCCAGAGAACUUGUAUGA